AUGCUACCAACAUUGAGGUGGUCGUUGCGACUACCACGACCACAUACACGAGCUUUCGCAACCCGUGCAACACCCUCACCACCCGGUCCUCGCGGACGCUUUCCAAAACACGCUCCCCCGAAACGAAGAAUCCCAGCGUACUCCUCCAAGCCCCCGGGUAAUACACCACCGCCUCCACCAAACGAUCCCACAGAAACCCCAAAAAACGCCCCCCAUGAACCCUCAAAAGUCGAAGCCGUUUCCAACGCUCUCUCUACAACGCCAGAUUCCGAAAACACCCUCAUAACUCCCGUACACAUCCCCGAAGAUCCGCAUGGCGUGCUCAAAGAAACUCAUCCGGCAAUGCGCCUCCUCGACAACUCGACCCUCGUCGUGCAACGCCAACUCGAGAUGAUGAAUGUGCUCAUGGGCUUCGAGCAAGCAAAUCGCUACGUCAUCAUGGAUCCCCACGGCAAUCACGUCGGCUACCUUGCCGAGCGGGACCACGGGCUUGGGAACGCGAUGGCCAGGCAGAUGUUCAAGACCCAUCGGAGUUUCACGACACAUGUCUUUGAUCGGGAGGAAAGGGAAAUAUUGAGAUUCCAUCGCCCGUUCAGCUGGAUCAACUCACGCAUACGAGUCUACGAUGCUGUAGCGGCUGAUGGCGCUGCAUACACACACUCUACCAGCCUGCAGGGCAUCAGUCCAGACAGCAUUGUCAGUCAGACGAGUGCGAACAUCUCUAGUAUGCCACUGAGUGACAUGAGGAUCAUUGGCAGUGCCGAACAGGAGUGGGGGUUAAUGAGACGGAAAUAUAACCUCUUCCUCGCACGAAACUUGGACGACAGCGCUGCCGCUCCAGGGACACCACAAUUAUCUUCUGGCGAUCUCCCACUAUCAAACUCCAAAGCGGUGGCAGUUGCAGAAGGCGACAGCAGGGAAGUCGGCAUGGUGCAGUUUGCUCGUGUUGAUGAACCGUUUUUGAGCUGGGACUUUAGUCUCAUGUCUGAAGAUGGCCGCCUCGUGGGUUCUGUGAAUCGUAAUUUCGCUGGUUUUGCGCGGGAGAUUUUCACAGACACUGGCGUGUACGCGCUGCGUAUGGAUUCGGCAGCGCUGUCGACUGAGCCAUCUCAUCUCAUCUCGCAGACGAAUGAGGGAGGGAAAUCGUCGAUGAAGGGCUAUCCGGGUAUGACGCUCGAUCAGCGCGCUGUUAUGCUUGCUACGGCAGUUAGUAUUGACUUCGAUUACUUUAGUCGGCACAGUGGCUCUGGUGGCAUGAUGCCCAUGUGGAUGCCCAUGUGGAUGGGUGGUGGCGAAGCCGCUGGCGGUGCGGCAGCAGGCGGAGCAGCAGCGGGAGAGGCUGGUGUUGUUGGUGCUGGUGCUGGGGCUAUAGAAGCUGCCGGCGAGACUGGUAUUGCAGGCGCUGGCGCAGCCGCACGGGGUCUCGGUUCAGCAGAGGGCGUUGCAACGGGCGCAGCCACAAUGGCCGGAUACGAAGCCAUGCAGAGAGGUCGGGGAGCAACUCAGGCAGACGACAUGUCGCCUCAGGCUACGGACCCAUAUCAGGCAAACCCAGUGGAUCAACCACAAAGUCCACCCGGCCAGGAAGGCGAAGAUAUCUGGGGUCAGAAAGACGACCCGUGGGCUCAAAAUAACAACCAAGGACAAGAUCCAUGGGGCCAGCAAGGGGGCAGUGAAAGCGGUGGAGACGGAGGCGGAGACUCAGAUUGGGACGAUUGGUUCUGA